UCUGCGAUAACGCCGGAUGAGCAUGACUUAGUCUACCGCGAUCUACUGCUCUCCUUUUUUUCCCGCUGAUAGAAAGUGGCCUCCCCGAAAAGCUCGGGUCUCCUCUCCAACCACUCCAGUCAUCAAUGAUCUUACCAGCCCGUUGUGGGUGUUGAGACUGCUAUCCGUCGGGAACUUUAUGGGGGGUUGUCGCAAACACACCAUCACGCUAUAUUGAAACGGCUGCCUUAUCUGAACAACAACAACGACAGCAUGGUCAAUGGGAAGAAUGGCCAGCCGGACGCUGGGCUGAGAAGCCUCGAUCAUUAUCGAAACCAGCUCCCUUAUUGGCGUUAUUGGCCACGACAGAAGCUCCUCCCUUUAAUUCGAUAUGAGACCCCGUAUCUGGCUUGGGUCCAGGAGAGGGUCCGCACUCCGGCCCUAGACUCCUACUUUGCCUUCACGGCCAAUCUGGGCACACAUACCUUUUUCAUGGUUUUCCUGCCGAUCUUGUUCUGGUGCGGGUAUACGAGCUUGGGGCGCGGGAUGGUGCAUCUUUUGGCCUCCGGCGUGUUUUUCAGUGGUUUCAUCAAGGACUUGCUUUGCCUCCCGCGGCCUCUAUCCCCUCCUCUCCAACGGAUAACAAUGUCCGGCUCUGCGGCGUUGGAAUACGGAUUCCCAUCGACUCACUCCACCAAUGCGGUCUCGGUUGCGGCAUACGCUCUCGCGCUAUUGAACUCCCCCGAAUCCACCCUGAGCCCUCAGGUCAAUAUCGUCCUCCAAGCUAUAACAUACCUCUACGUCUGUUCCAUUGUCCUGGGUCGUCUGUACUGUGGUAUGCAUGGGUUUUUUGAUGUUGUCAUUGGAUGUUUACUUGGGUUCCUUCUCGCCUUCCUACAGUAUACGUUUGGUCCGACCAUCGAUGACUAUGUCGUUUCUGCUACCGGAAGGGGGGUUACACUAGUGAUUCUGUUGAUUUUGGGUUUGGUCCGUAUACACCCAGAGCCUGCCGAUGACUGCCCGUGCUUCGACGACAGUGUGGCUUUUGCAGGAGUCACGCUUGGAGCACAAGUGGCCUACUGGCACAUAGCUAGGUCAAGCCUGAUGUGGGAUGAACCUGUGCCGGCCAAUGUCCCAUUCGAAUUUCAGCGUGUAGGUCUGGUCAAGACGGCUCUCCGCCUCAUCAUUGGUGUUCUUAUGCUCUUCACGUGGCGAGCUGUCACCAAGCCCUUUCUGCUCCGGGCUUUGCCUCCUGUUUUCCGGGGCCUGGAAAAACUGGGCCUUAUACUUCCCCGGAGAUUUUUCCGGAACGCUUCACAAUACACGACAGUGCCAUCCCAGCUCCGGGACCACGAAGUGCUACCGGGCUUCUCGGAGAUACCUUCAAUAAUAACCACGAUCCGGCAUCCUCGACGACGCGCUAUUUCGAUCGGCCCGCAAUCAGAGGCUGACGCAUAUGAGACCCUGGCAUAUCGUGAGAAGCGGAGACGGGAAAGUCUUUCAACGGCCAACCAGCCAUCCUCAGUACCGGAAGCAGGUGGACCGGUCUCGGAGUCCGAGCCACGGAAACUGUCGCGGAAACCAUCUAAAUUGCACGAGUAUGAGAAUAUGAUGGGCACAGGUGCCCCUGGUGUGGCGACUUCUGUCGAUGUUAGCUCACAAGAAGCUUCUUCGACCGUUCCCUUCCCUCCAUUUGAGUCGGAAAUUGAGGCGGACGAGAAGGAAGUGUUUUCGCAGAUCAAACGGCCCCGAGUGCGCUAUGAUGUGGAGGUUGUCACAAAACUCGUUGUAUAUUCCGGAAUUGCCUGGAUUGUGAUGGAGGGAGCGCCUUUAUUCUUCGAUCGGAUAGGGCUGGCGCCAUAGUAGCUUAGUACUCCCGGGGUGGGUCCGACAGCCAUCACCCAUUUUCGAUUCUGUAAACCUUUUGCUAUUUUCUCUACGGUUCAGCGGGCUGGACUAACCAAAGUCCUUGGUGUAUAACAAAGC